AUGACAACUGUGAGGGCACUCAUUGCCACUGCUGCAAAGAAACAGUGGGAUAUAUAUCAACUUGAUGUUAACAAUGCAUUUCUCCAUGGAGAUCUACAUGAGGAAGUAUAUAUGGAUGUACCACCAGGUCUGGUCACUCCUCACACAGAUGUCGUUUGUAGACUUAACAAGUCCUUAUAUGGUCUGAAACAGGCUAGUAGACAAUGGUAUGAAAAACUGACUGCAGCACUUCACACAAGAGGCUAUGUUCAUUCCCUCCAUGAUUACUCCUUGUUUUACAGGAAAAGAGGUACCUCUACUGUGUUUCUAGGUGUUUAUGUUGAUGACAUCCUGCUCACAAGUACAGACAUUGCUAAAAUUAAUGAGCUCAAGAGGUUCCUUGACAAUCAGUUCAAGAUCAAAGAUCUUGGAAGACUGCAUUACUUCUUGGGUCUGGAAAUUCUGUACAAAGAUGAUGGGAUUCUGAUUUCUCAGAGGAAAUUUGUCUUGGACCUUCUUAAGGAAUUCAAAUGUGAUCACAUGACUCCAUUGUCUUCUCCCCUUGAUCCAAAUGUCAAACUUAAAUCACAUGAAGGGAAAGCCAUAACUGAUCCUACUUAUUAUAGAAAACUAGUUGGCAAGUUGAAUUUUCUUACAAACACAAGACUUGAUCUUGCUUAUGGUGUGCAGCUUCUUAGUCAGUACAUGCAGGAUCCUAGGGAACCUCAUCUACAUGCUGCUUUUCACAUGCUCAGGUAUCUCAAGAAGGAUCCCACUCUAGGUGUUUUUAUGUCCUCAUCUGCGAACUUUAGGGUACAGGCCUACUGUGACUCUGACUGGGCUGCAUGCCCCGACUCAAGAAGGUCAGUUAGUGGUUAUAUUGUGUUGUUGGGAGAUAGCCCUGUUAGCUGGAAAUCCAAGAAACAAGAAACAAUUUCCCUUUCCUCAGCUGAAGCAGAGUACAGAUCCUUGAGAAAAGUUGUAGGUGAAUUGACUUGGCUGCAACGGUUAUUUGAAGAACUGAAUGUACCUCAGACUGGGCCAUUCUCUGUGUACUGUGAUAGCCAAGCAGCCAUUCACAUUGCAAGAAAUCCUGUAUUCCAUGAACGUACGAAACAUAUUGAAGUUGAUUGCCAUUUUGUGAGGACUAAACUGCAAGAGGGCCUCAUUACCUUGCACCACAUUGACACUCAUGCUCAGUUAGCUGACAUUCUUACCAAAGCCCUCACUGGCAUCAAACAUUCUGCUCUCUUAGACAAGUUGGUUUCGCUUACUUCUCCUCCAACUUGA